AUGGAGAGAAAGUCCCUAGGGAAGCCAUUUGAAAGGAGCCUAAGGACAGUGAAUGGCCUUGAUGACAAAGACUUCGAAGUAUAUAAGGGCUGCUUCUUUGAUUAUUAUGAUGAUCUGAUUCGGAAGUACUUUGGGGCCUUCGAAAUAUUCAAGCUAAAGCAAGGAAGGCUUGCAAGGAUGUUCUUUUCACAUGACAUGCUGAAGCUUUCCUCGAAAUACGAAUGGGUUGUUACAAGACUCAGCUAUGGAAAGGAAGGAGAGCUGAUGGUCCCUAGGAACUUCUACAUAUUGACCGAAACUGUUCUAAGUCUUGAUUGUAAGGUUGGAGGAAUCUUCAGGGUUAGAAAUUCAAUCACAACCAUUAAAGAAUGUGUGGAGACCAUCAAUAUGUGUGUCCAAAGGAAUCUCUCAUAUGGAGAGGCCAGAAGAAUUCUUAUCCGAGACUUCAACGUGAUCGACCUCACCACGGCAUUCAAAGAAAUUCUCAGAGAGUACUCUACCACAAUCAUCCCUGAAAGUUUGAUAGAUACAAUGUUCAAAAUAGCAAAAGUUGAGAGCAAGGAGGACCAGAUUAUUCUCUGCCAAAUGCUAUUUAUAUCGAUGCCAAAACCAAAUAGACAUGUCCUUGAAGCAACCAUCUACUUCUUGUAUGUUAUACAUGACAUUGCAACGGAUAAGGGAAAAAACCACAAAGAUAACAUGAAUAUGGAAGGGAUUUCCACCAUAAUGAUGCCAAACCUUGUGAUCAAGCCCCACAGUGAGCUGGAUCUCGAGCAGGUUGGAGUUCUUGUAAAUUUUAUGAAGAUGUUUUUCGAGAACUUUACGGCAAUUAUCCAUCUUGACCCAAACAUUAUGGAGCUUUGA